AAGAGGUUAACUUUUUUUUACAGGAGGAAGAUGGCGUCGUCGUCUACUUGGGCACAGGACGUGAUCGCGUGCGAUCUUUGUGACAAUCCCACCCAGCAAUUCUGUAACAACUGCCAGGUCAGUUUAUGUGGGGGCUGUAUUAAUAAACAUGUAAAAAGGCUUAAGUCUGAAACACAUGACAUUGUUCCUUAUAAAGAUAGAAGAGAACGGCUCGUAUUCUUAUCAUGUGAUUCUCAUCCAAACCAGAAAUGUGAGGGACAUUGCCAACAGUGUAAUGUACCCGUCUGCUUCAAGUGUGUCACAGGUCCCCACAGCGGCCAUGCUGUCAAAGAUGUGGCAGAGAUUGUACAACAGAUGAAAGAAGAAAUCAAGAAAGAAACAGAAGAAAUUGAGUCUUUUAUUUCAAGAUUCACUAUAAGUGGAGUAAACAUUGAUCAAAAGAUAUCUAACAUGACUGAAAAAUUUAAAACAAUGGAGAAAGAGGGAGAAAAUCUGAGAAAAACCUGGCACCAAGAAGUAGACAACAUUUUCAACACACUACAAUCAACCAUUCGGAAAAUGAAGGAUAAAAGACUCACAGCUCUCAGAUCACAUCAGUCCAGGCUUCAGGAUUCAGGGUCAAAAUUAGCACUUAUAACAAAAGAAAACAAGAAAAUCCUGAAGUCCAAUAAAGUGUUUGAUGUUACAAAUUGCAAAUCAGAAAUUGGGGAAUUCAGAAACAUUCCUACAGAUGUUGAUGUGAUGAUUCCUUCCCUAAAGAUGAACACAGUCCAGGGGAAAGAACUGAGUAUAGAAUUGGGAGAAUACAAGGCUACACUGACACAGACAUCCAUAUCCAGUCUGUCAGAUGAUGUCUCCAUUUUAUCUGUGAGAAAAUUGUUGGACAAAGCUAAAGUUAUUGCUAGCUUUCCUUCUGGAAUAAAACCUUUAGGUUCCAUUAUCUGUAUUGGAACCAAUGAAGCUUGGGCUCGUGGUGUAGACAUAUUCAUAAGACGUAUUGAUAUACAUGGUUCUUUGAAGGAGAAGAUCACCACCGAAUGUGACCCUUAUCCGGCGGACAUUUCAGUGACCAGGCAGGGAGAACUGAUGUACAGUGAUGCUAACAGCAGAACAGUGAACAUAGUCAGAUAUGGGAGGAUAGAGACACUGAUCACUUUACCUAGGGGAUGGUAUCCAGGAGGACUGUGCUUUACUAGAUCAGGAGACUUACUAGUUAGUAUGUGUACUGAUGAAAGUCAUCACAAAAUAGUCCGCUAUCAGGGACAGACAUCAACACAAGAAAUAGAUAAAGAUAACCAUGGACAAAAUAUAUUUAAAGGUGGGGAACAUAGAGUUUAUGUGGAGGAGAAUAACAAUGGUGACAUUUGUGCCUCUGAUGUGAAUGCCAAGAAAGUGAUAGUGGUGGACAAGACAGGAAGAGUCCGAUUCCGUUACAAUGGUACACCAGCCAGGAGGAAGAAACCAUUCUUUCCUGUGUACAUUGUGACAGACUCACUGGGUCAGGUCAUUAUAAGUGAUUUUAAUAAUGACUGUCUUCAUAUCUUAGAUCAAAAUGGACAAUUUCUUAGAUGUGUUGACAAUUGUGGACUUCUGAGUCCUGGUGGACUGGGUGUGGACAGUGAGGGGAGGUUGUGGGUAGGGUUACAUGAUUCAGGUGACAUUAAAGUGAUCCAGUACCUGAAGUAAAAGUCUGAAACAUUC